UGCCCGCCUCCCCCAGUCUGCUGGGGAGGUGAACCGCCCCAGUAUGUUUAAACCGAAAGGACACUCUUGCAGGCUCUUCAAUGCAAAAAUAAAAUCCCUGGCGAGCAGCGACGGGCGCGGAGGUAGAAAUCGGUGCGCUCAGAUCUUUUUUUUUUCUCCCCCUCCUCUCUCUAUAAUUCUUCGUCUCUCCUGCAGACACUGACACGCAUUUUUUGAUACCUGUACUUUAUAUGUGUACAUAGAGUAGGACGAGAGCUAUAAAUAUCUAGGCGACAGAGUGCCAAAUUUGACGCCUGCAGUCUUUAUACUUAACCAGGGUAAGAUGGCAACGUUGACGAAUGGGCAGUCUGAUACCCCGAGCCUGAAUAUAACCCACAACAGUGCCAACACCAACGGGCACAUAAACGGAUUAAGCCACAGUCCAGGGAAUCCGGCAACCAUACCAAUGAAGGACCAUGAUGCCAUCAAGCUGUUCAUUGGGCAGAUUCCCCGCAACCUAGAAGAAAAGGAUCUGAAGCCGCUCUUUGAGGAAUUCGGCAAGAUAUACGAGCUGACAGUACUGAAGGACAGGUUCACCGGCAUGCACAAAGGCUGUGCCUUCCUCACUUACUGUGCCCGGGAGUCCGCUCUGAAAGCCCAGAGUGCACUACAUGAGCAGAAAACUUUGCCAGGGAUGAAUCGGCCAAUUCAGGUGAAGCCAGCGGACAGCGAGAGCAGAGGAGAAGACAGAAAACUAUUUGUGGGCAUGCUCAACAAGCAACAAUCAGAAGAUGAUGUGCGUCGGCUCUUUGAAUCCUUUGGAAAUAUUGAAGAAUGCACUAUCCUAAGAGGUCCUGAUGGUAACAGCAAAGGCUGUGCAUUUGUGAAAUACUCGUCACAUGCAGAGGCUCAAGCUGCCAUCAGUGCUCUCCAUGGCAGCCAGACCAUGCCAGAUAUCUCCACUGCCAACGUAGUCUCUUUUCCAGUGGCAUGGCAAUGGCAUCCGUACAUGAGAUACUCAUAUGUACAAGAUGGCUAUUACAAGGGUGCCUCAUCUUCCCUUGUGGUGAAGUUUGCAGACACAGACAAAGAAAGGACAAUCCGGAGGAUGCAGCAAAUGGCAGGUCAGAUGGGCAUGUUCAAUCCCAUGGCUAUCCAGUUUGGAGCUUAUGGAGCCUAUGCACAGGCAAUGGUACAACAACAAGCAGCACUUAUGGCUUCAGUGACACAAGGCGGGUACCUCAACCCAAUGGCAGCAUUUGCUGCAGCGCAGAUGCAACAAAUGGCAACACUGAAUGUAAAUGGGCUGGCAGGACCUCCCAUUACUCCCAAUUCAGGUGGAAGUACCCCCCCUGGCAUCACUGCACCAGCAGUCCCCAGCAUUCCCUCACCUAUUGGAGUUAAUGGUUUUAGUGGCAUUCCACCCCAGGGCAAUGGACAGCCCACUGCUGAGGCUGUGUUUGCAAAUGGCAUCCAUCCCUAUCCAGUUUUGCAGGAAAUAAUUUUUAGAGAGGACACAGCGAAGCAAGAUCUGGGUGUUACACAAAGAAGCUGUUUUGCAGUCCAGGGGAACUGCUUUCUGGCUGCUCUGACUGAAGCACAGAGUCCAACAGCAGCAGACCCCUUACAGCAGGCCUACGCAGGAGUCCAACAAUAUGCAGCAGCUUACCCUACUGCAUAUGGACAGAUUAGCCAAGCCUUUGCACAGCCUCCUCCCAUGAUUCCCCAGCAACAGAGAGAAGGCCCGGAGGGCUGUAACCUGUUUAUCUACCACCUUCCCCAGGAGUUUGGAGACACCGAGCUCAUGCAGAUGUUCCUCCCUUUCGGUAAUGUCAUCUCCUCGAAAGUGUUUGUGGAUCGAGCGACAAACCAAAGUAAAUGCUUUGGCUUCGUGAGCUUUGACAAUCCUGCCAGCGCUCAAGCGGCUAUUCAGUCCAUGAAUGGCUUUCAGAUCGGCAUGAAGAGAUUGAAGGUGCAACUCAAGAGACCAAAAGAUGCAAACCGCCCCUAUUAACAGUGCUGAGUUAUUCCACAAGCAAGACCAGAUGAUAUAAGGGCAGCAAAUUUGGAGUGGAACCGCAUGUAAAAAAUAAAAUAUUUUAAAAAGAAGAACAACUAAAAUUACUGUGGGAGUCAACAUAUCAGCAUGGCUGCUAUCAAGCUGGGAAUUUCCUAUGGAUUUUCUGCCAUCUCCAGUUAUGUGAAACUGUUAAAUCUUUGCAAGGAAAAAUGGAAUACCUUCUUCUGCCAGAUUCCAAAUGAAAAGAGGAAAGAAACUGUACAUGAUGGAUACAUUUAAAACUCAAGAAAAAAAAAAGAGUUUUUGAAUACAGACAAAAGGCAGAAAGAGGCAGAGAAAGAAAACUUCAGAUGUCAACAUGGAGUGCCUGCUUGCCAUCAGUGGAGUGUUGCCACGGUAUUCCAUGGCAACCGUUUCUAGGGAGUCUUCUAUUUGUCAUUCCUUAGCUAUUUUAGGGACCAAAGGACCAAACAUUUUUAUUGCAGACUCUUGUAGCUGUAUGUAACAUAUUGGAAAUAAACUUCAUGUUUCUCAGCUGCUUACAAAAACAGCUCUGAGAAUUAUUACAGAAAAAGAACUGUA